AUUUGUAAACAUUUUUAACAUGUUCCGUCCGUGGGCAGAUAAUACUUUUCUAAUUGUAAAUAGACCCAAUGAAGACAUUAAGAGUGCGAUAGUGAAAGUGAUUGUUCUGAAGCCAAAGCUAAAAGAAGAAAAGAAGAGAAGGAGAAAAGAAGAAAAAAAAGAAAAAAAAGAGAAGAAGAGAAGCAAAAGAAUAUAAACAACAAGGAUUUAGUGGACAUGAAUCUUAUAAAAAUAUUAACAUUUAAAAAUGUUUGUUUCCUGAUGUGUAUAUUUCUCCUAUAUUAUGAGGACAAAAUGGCGCAGCGUUUGGUUAUAUUAUUGACUUCUUGGCUCUUUUGCACAUGCGUUUCUCUUCAGAUCCAUAAGCAAAUGAGUUUGGACGAAAUUAGGCACACAUUUCACGUCGACAAUCACGACCUUGUACCAGAAUACGAAGUAGUUCCCGUCCAACACAACGUCAAAAACGGUUUACCAGACUACAAAGAAAACGCCAUUGAUCAUCUAGACACGGACCCUAAAACCAAUAAAACGAAAAAUAAAGAUCCUUUAGACAAUUUAACUACCAAUGUAAAACUUAAAGCUUUUGGAAAACCCUUCAAUUUGACAUUGGUGCCAACGAGAGGUUUGUUCAAAAAGGGUAAAUUAAAACUUUGGACCAUAGAACCCAAUGCCACGGCUCAACAUGGGGUGGAAUACGUCGAAAUACCAGAGACUAACGAUGAUAUUGGCGAACUCUAUCAAGAUGAAGAAAAUCAAGCUGCCAUUUUGCUCAGAACUGAAGGAGAUGCUCUAAUAUUGGAAGGAAGCAUAGGCUCUCAUCUAGUAAUCCGUCCUCUACCAUCACGCUUAAGAGGCUCCGUAAUUCGCUCAAAACACAACAAAUCCAAAAAUGCUAAUGAAACAGAUUUAGAUACCAUCAAUGACGACGAAAUGUUUUUGGACCAGGACGGUGAACUAAGUUCGGAAGUAGCUAUAGAUACGGGCCUACCAAUCAGAAGGAAUAAGAAUAUUCACCACCAUAUUAUUUAUAGGAAAAAAGAACAAGAGGAUGACAUUAUGGGUGAUUAUGCAUUGAUGGAGCCUGACCACUUAUCUAAAAGAUUCAGAAGGAGUACAGGAACAAGGAAGAAGAGAGAAGCACCCUAUACCAUCUACCCCGAGAUUUUAGUAAUUGUAGACUACGAUGGCUACAGAUUACAUGGAGGAGAUAAUGUUCACAUAAAAAGAUACUUCGUAUCAUUUUGGAAUGGAGUCGAUUUGAGGUACAAGUUACUUAAGGGGCCUAAAAUUAGGAUAUCAAUAGCUGGAAUUAUCAUUAGCAGGGGUAGAGACGCGACACCAUAUUUAGAAAGAAACAGAGUAGGUAGAGAUGCCAUAGAUUCUGCAGCCGCCUUGACUGACAUGGGAAAAUAUUUAUUUAGAGAAAGAAGACUUCCUGUAUACGACAUUGCUGUAGCCAUAACAAAACUAGACAUGUGCAGAAGGUCAUACCCCAGUGAUGUUUGCAAUCGUGGAACGGCAGGAUUUGCCUAUGUUGGAGGAGCUUGCGUUGUGAACAAGAGAUUAGAAAAAGUUAAUUCUGUCGCUAUCAUCGAAGAUACUGGUGGAUUCAGUGGGAUAAUUGUAGCUGCCCACGAAGUUGGACAUUUAUUGGGAGCUGUUCACGAUGGUAGUCCACCACCAUCUUAUUUGGGUGGCCCUGGUGCGGAAAAAUGUCAAUGGACAGAUGGAUUCAUCAUGUCCGAUUUAAGGCACACAGAAAGAGGAUUUAGAUGGUCUUCGUGCAGUGUUGCCAGCUUCCACCAUUUCCUCAACGGUGAUACUGCUACGUGUUUAUAUAAUGCACCUCAUGAAGAUGAAAGUUUACCAAGAGUACUACCAGGAAAAUUAUUAACAUUGGAUGCUCAAUGUAGGAGAGAUCGAGGAACUAGUGCCUGUUUUAAAGAUGACAGAGUGUGUGCUCAACUAUUCUGCUUCGACGCGGGUAGUGGCUACUGUGUAGCCUAUAGGCCUGCUGCAGAAGGAUCACCUUGCGGUGAUGGACAGUACUGUUUGAAUGGGAGAUGCGUAGCCGAACAUGAAAAUAUUAUCCCAGAUUAUUCCCAAAACACGGCUUCUUAUGUAAGAAGUAAUUCACGACCAUUGUAUCAAGAAAAAGAAGAAGAAAAGGCACAAGUUCACAAUGAUAAACCCUCUACACAAUCACCACCACAGAAUACAUACAAAACAUAUCCGAAAGAACAAAAAACUUACAGCAACACAAAAACAGAAGACUUAAACAACCCCGUAGAUUACAAUCAGUAUCAAAAUAGGUAUUCUACUACCUCAAAGCCUAAUAGUUCUUUUAAAAAUGUCAAUAAACAAUACGGCUACUACAACCAAAAUCAAAAUGACAACACUAAUCAAUAUCAAAAUAAUGCUUAUUCCAGUACUUCGCCUCCUAUUUAUUCAACUACUUCUAAAUAUACUUUUAAAUAUACUUUUCCCUCACAGUCUACUACAAAAUCUCAAUACAACCUUCAGUAUUAUGAAAAAUCUACUACGAGAAAUCCGUACGAUUUUCAAUACUACCAAAAAUCUUCAACAACAAUACCUCCCAGUAUAGAAUCCAGUACAACAAACAAAUUCGUUGGUAAUUACUACAUCUUAAGAAAAAAAACAACAAAGAACCCUUACGAUUUUGCCGAUUUUGGAAAAUCGACCAAAAGCCCAUACGUAAAUUUAGACACCGACGAUUAUUCGAAGCGUUCUUAUAACGACGUUAGUUACUAUAGCGAAAGCAGUAGGCAGUAAGCAGUAAGGCUUGCUGAUAUAGGUUGAAACUGUUUUAUGGAGAAUAUUUCUUCGAAACUGACACUGCUUCGACUUCAUGUUGAAGGAACAAUUUCAGUGCUUGUGAUUAAUAGUUUUAAGUUUUUUCAUGUGUACAGAAAACAUAGACAAUUAUGAAAUUUUCGAAACUGUCCCAAAUGCGAUAGACAUAGACGUGAGAGUAUAUUCGAAAAAUUCAUUCAUUUACAAUUUAUCAGAUGACAGAUCUAAAAAUUUUCGUUUUUAAAUAUUUGGUUAAAACAAAAUAAUUGACGCUCGCUAAAAGUUACUUACAAAAUAAUUUUAAAAGUAUUUUAGAGAAGUUGUCCUUAUCUACAGAAAGUCAAAAUAAAGUUAAUUUAUUUGUUUUAUUGUAUCUAAACGAUUUGUCCUAUAGAACUUAUUAAACAAGUAGAUACCAAAUUAGAUUCAACAUUCUAAAAUAUUUAAAAAUGAAAUUUAUUGUACGUCAGAUUAAUCAACGAUCUUUCAAAAACCGAAAACAAAUUUUGUAAAACCCAAGAAUGUUGUAACAAAUAUAGACUCGUUUAUUUUGUAAUUAUAACUUGACAGAUUUUUUAAAAACACUAACUGUGACGUGUUAUCUAUCUUUAAAUGUCUAAUGACUAAACCGAAACGUGGUAGAUGGUGGAUAUCUCUUUAAUGCAAUAAUUCCUAAGUUCUAAGACAUAUAAGAAAUGAGUGGCAUAAAUUAUUACAAAUACCUAUUGUAAUUUAUCCUUUUUUCACAUACAGUCAAUGAACUUGCAUUUUUCUAUAGGGCAUUUUGACAGUAUCAAUAUUUAUCCACAAGAUAAAUGAAAUUAUUUUGAAAAGUCAUAUUUUUUAACCUACCUUGUCAAAGAUAUGUAUAGUUUGUAACUUAUUGCUUAGGUAAUGUUACAUUGAAUAAUAUACCACUUCUACUGAAUCUCGAUCCUUGUACUCAAUUUGCAACUAUAUUUAUAAGCUGAGUUCGGGAAGUGAACUCCUUUUACUCUUUUCAUUCCAAGUCUAACUUCACAUCACAGAGUUACAAUGAUUUAGCAUGCACUGAAGUUAGAUGUUGAGUGAAAAGAGUAAAAGGAGUACACCUUCCGAACUCAACAUUAAACACUGCCAUUUUCUCAGUGUGGUAAAACCUUUAAGAUCUCUAGGAUAUCUCGUAGUUAUAUAAAUACAUAUAACUCAAACGAAAAAAAUACUCAUUUUCAUAAUAUAAAAAGACUUUUGUCAUAUUAAUUUAUUAUGAUAACAUUUAACUGAACCAAUUGUGUGUUCUUAAUAUCUUGGGUUUGACAGUUCUUUAAAAAUUGAAAUUAUAAAUCGUUUUCAUUACUUUUUAACUAAAUGAAUAUAUUGUAACCAGUGAUCAAAAAUCAGUGAAACCAUACUGCAUAUAUGGGUAUUUAAACAAUUUUCCAAAUUUACUAAAAAAUAUAUAAUAGGUUUAUCAACCAAAUUAGAUUUAAAAUGAUUAUUUUUUAACUUAUAUGCAAGUUACCUCCUAUCAACGAAAAUAUCCAUUAAAUGUGGUUAUACAGUUAUUAGCUAUUUUUCCUUUAUAUGUUUAUCUUGCCAUAAUAUUUAUGUGUUUGAUACAGGGUAAAGUUUUUUUUUUCAAAUUUAAAAAUUAUCAAAAUGGAUUUAAAAAUUACCCAAAUAUUGACUUGUAAAAUUACUACAAUUUCG